UUCAUGAUGGUACAGCGGGCGCCCGUGGAGCUUUUCGUCCACUUCCUUCUGUUCCAAAUGGAGGAAGAGCCGAAGAGGGACUGAGGGAUUGGGGAAAGAGGGAGAGAGGGAUAGAGAGAGAGAGAGAGUCCGGCUCAAAAGCCUCCAGGCUCCUCAUCUAGUCAUCCUCUUCGUGCCCACCUGGCCACCUCACAGAACGAACAAGCAUCUUGCUUUUCCCUUCCAACGGUAGUCCUCCGAGCAGCGUCCAACCAGAACCGGCCGUGUCAACUGAGCACCUCCCGUGCCGCCUCCCCCGGCUCAUUCCGCCGCCCAUUAUAUUGCCCCAAGAACUGAUGCGACCCGACCCAAGAUUCCGGCUCACGACGGUGCCAGGUGCCCUUGCUCUAGCGCCGACUCAUCCGGUGGCGAGACAGGGGCCUGAAUGAAGUGAAGCUCGUGGUGGGCUGGGUUACGUAUGCCAAUGGGCGCGCUUCAGGUGAUGCUCCUCCGCUUGGUGCUGCUCGCCGCGUCCGCCGCGACGACGGCUGUCACGGUCACGGCCGCGCCGCCGCCCAGUGAGGUGGCAGUGGGCGCACUCUUCACCUACGACUCCACCAUUGGCCGCGCCGCGCGCCUCGCCAUUGAGCUCGCCGUCGACGACGUCAACGCCGACCGCACCGUCCUCGCCGGGACCCGCCUCAACUUGCUCGCCCAGGACACCAACUGCAGCGGCUUUCUUGGCGCCGUCGAAGCAUUGCAGCUAAUGGAAAGAAAUGUGGUUGCUGUUAUUGGCCCACAAUCCUCCGGGAUAGGCCAUGUCAUCUCCCAUGUUGUUAAUGAGCUACAUGUACCUCUUCUGUCAUUUGCGGCCACAGAUCCAACUCUUUCUGCAUCGGAGUAUCCUUACUUCAUAAGGACAACCAUAAGUGACUACUUCCAAAUGAAUGCCGUUGCUAGCAUUGUUGAUUACUAUCAGUGGAAAGAGGUGACGGCUAUAUUCGUUGAUGAUGAUUAUGGGCGAGGUGGUGUGUCGGCCCUUGGUGAUGCGCUUGCAGCAAAAAGGGCGAGGAUUUCAUAUAAAGCAGCUAUCCCUCCCAAUUCAAAUACAGAUGUGAUCAAUGAUGUACUGUUUAAAGCAAAUAUGAUGGAAUCAAGGGUCAUGGUUGUGCAUGUCAAUCCUGACACAGGGACGAGAAUAUUUUCUGUUGCUAACAAGCUCCAGAUGAUGGCCACUGGCUAUGUCUGGAUAGUAACUGAUUGGCUAGCUGCUGUCUUGGAUUCCUCGACGUCAAGAGAUCGUAAAGAAAUGAGUCAUAUUCAGGGACUAAUUGUUCUGCGCCAGCACACUCCUGAAUCUGUUGCCAAGAAUAAGUUCAUAUCAAAAUGGAAUAAUGCUGCUCGUAAUAGAAGUAUUACUUCGGGCUUGAACUCGUAUGGUUUCUAUGCUUAUGACUCAGUUUGGGCCAUUGCUCGUGGUGUCGAUCAAUUUCUCAAUAAUGGGCAGCAGAUCAACUUUUCUACAGAUCCAGUAUUGCACGAUACUAAUGGUAGUAGUUUGCAUCUAUCAACUCUCAAGAUAUUUGAUGGCGGUGAGCAGAUGCUACAGCAACUUCUGCUCACAAAUUUUACAGGCCUAACUGGUCGAGUCCAAUUUAAUUCAGAUCGCAAUUUGGUGCACCCAGCAUAUGACAUCCUUAACAUCGGUGGUUCUGGCUCCCGGUUGAUUGGCUAUUGGUCCAAUUACUCAGGCCUCUCUGUUGCUGCACCUGAAAUAUUGUAUCAGAAGCCACCAGAUACUUCUUCAAUUGCUCAGCGGCUCCACAAUGUGGUUUGGCCGGGUGAUUCCACAACCACUCCUAAAGGGUGGGUUUUCCCGAACAAUGGCCAGCCGCUGCGGGUUGGUGUCCCAAUCAAGCCAAGCUUUAAGGAAUUAGUGGCAGCUGGAAAAGGCCCUGAUAAUGUGACUGGUUAUUGCAUUGAUAUAUUCAACGCAGCAAUUAGACUGCUUCCUUACCCCGUUCCAUGUCAAUUCAUAGCAAUUGGGGAUGGUAGAAAGAACCCUAACUACGACGACAUUAUUAGUAUGGUUGCUGCCAAUUCCCUUGAUGCAGCUGUAGGCGACUUUGCUAUUGUGAGAAACAGAACAAAGAUUGCAGAAUUCACACAGCCUUAUAUUGAGUCAGGGCUUGUGAUAGUAGCGCCAGUGAAACAAGCAACUUCAAGUGCCUGGGCUUUCCUCAAACCGUUCACAUUGGAGAUGUGGUGUGUAACUGGUGCUCUUUUUAUUUUUGUGGGGAUAGUUGUCUGGAUUCUUGAACAUCGGAGUAAUGAGGAGUUUCGAGGAUCUCCACGACGACAACUUAUAACAAUAUUUUGCGUGCUUUCCCUAUGUGAAGGGAAACAUCUUGACGGCAAACUCACUGCAGGACAGAACACUGUAAGCGCGCUAGGGCGGUUUGUGUUGAUCAUAUGGCUCUUCGUUGUGCUGAUCAUCAAUUCAAGUUAUACUGCCAGCUUGACGUCAAUCCUCACAGUCCAACAGCUCGCAACAGGAAUAACUGGGAUCGAUAGUUUGAUUUCAAGUGGUUUACCUAUUGGAUAUCAGGCUGGAAAAUUUACCAGAAAUUACCUGAUUGAAGAGCUCAAUAUUCCUGAGUCUCGAUUGGUACCACUAAAUACAAUCCAGGAGUAUGCUGAUGCCCUUAAGCGUGGACCAAAAGAUGGUGGUGUUGUUGCAAUUGUUGAUGAGAUGCCCUAUGUUGAGAUCUUCCUGUCAUACCACUGCAAUUUCAGAAUAGUGGGACAGGAGUUCACCAAGGAGGGAUGGGGUUUUGCAUUCAAGAGAGACUUCCCCCUUGCUGCGGACUUGUCGACAGCCAUCCUUCAACUCUCAGAGAGUGGUCAGCUUCAGAGAAUUCAUGACGAGUGGUUCACCCGGCCUAGUUGCUCCUCUGAUGACAGCGAAGUGGGGGCAACCAGGCUUGGCCUCGGAAGCUUUUGGGGCCUUUUCCUCGUGUGUGCCCUGAUAUGCCUCUUGGCUUUGCUGGUGUUUUUCAUACGGAUAUGCUGGCAGUAUAACAAGUACUCCAAUUCUGAAGCUGCUGGUGAGCCCAGUGCAGCAGCAGCUGCUGCUGCAGCAGUAGAUGCUGCUGCUGCCGCCGCCGAUGCUGUCGAAAGACAGAGGAGGCCAUCACGUCUUGGCAGCUUCAAAGAUAUUAUACAGUUUGUCGACAAAAAGGAGGAGGAAAUUAAGAAGACGAUGAAACGAAGAGUAAGUGAGAAAGACAAUAACCAAGCUGCAGGAUCCUCAGAAGCUCAUUCAGUGGCUUCAGCAUAGAACAUUCUUUCCAACUCCUGUCCUUCACAAGGCAAAACAAGGAAGCACAUAUACGAUAGGAAAAAGUCAAAAUUACUUCCCUCUACUAUGAACGAUGUCCAUAUAGCCCCUAAAAUAUUUUUUAGUUUAAUUUACCUCUCCAUAUGUUUGAAUUGGUUCAAUUUAUCCCUUAACAAAUUUUUUCUCUUUUUUAUUUCUUCAUGUAUAAACUGAGUUUGAGGUUCAAAUUUUGUUCGUUAGUAGUUAA